AUGCCCGGCCAUCAACACCUCGACAACCCGUCGCUCACGCAAAAUCAGGGCAACCUGCUGGGCGACCGCCCCUGCGUGCGCCAGAGCCGCCUCUACCGCGAGCACGUUGGCGGCAACACCAUGAAGGAGUUGAUGGGGCAGGACGGGCUGAAGUGGAACACCACCCACACGGAGGGCGUCUACGCCGGCGGAAGGGCGUUUGACUGCAACGACAAGCAACACGUGGCCGGUGUCCCGACGAACGCUAACAACAACAAAAAAAAAAGGAACGAAGGCGAUCUCACGAACGAGGCAGCGGCGGGAGAGGAAAGAGAAUUGGUGAUUACGAUAGAUGCAGAGGAAAGCCGCUCACGCAAGUCGCCGUCGCCUCAGAAAUCCCAGCACGAACAGCAGCCACCACCACCACCACCACCACAACAACAACAACAGGGACCAGCCGUGACGCCUGUCGCUAGCCGCGCGUUUCGUCCGGGCGCGGGGUACGCCAACCGCCAGACGUACAAUAUAUUUACCGGUGAGUAA